AUGAUCAAGCGGCAGCUACCUACUACUGUGCCGAUUCAGGACUCGACCGCCUCGACCUCCCUCAGCGCCGCCUCCCUGCCGGGCUUGGUCUCGUCGCUGAGGCCACUCAAACGAUCGCUGCCGCAGCUGCAACAGGAGGCAGCACUGCUCCGUCGCUUCUGCUACAAGAACAAGAACCAGCACAAGGCCAACGCGUGGUGGAAGAGGAUCAUACACGUCGAUCGUGUCAUUGGCCGGCUCACGGAUGAGCUGAAAAGCUUGCUCGUCGCUUUGGGCCUCGAGUCAGUGACACCCACCAGUACCUUGGGACACACGUGUGGGGAGAACUCAUAUGUAUGCUUUUGACCUACGCACAGUGCCGAGACGGACCAGAACGCGACUCUGGAACCCUCGUCGCUGCUUGUCCUUUUCUCGCGAUUGCCUCGAGCUUCUCUGGUCGUCACCAAAGUACGUUGAGGGUGCCGCUGCUGACCUUUGAACGAUUUUGGCUGACCCUCAACAUGACUUGUACCCAUUUGAUAGGCCAUCGAAGUCCUGUUCUCUUCCUCCGAGUAUGUAUCGAGCUGGGCAGGGUCCGAGAAUUUGGCCCACUGAGCGCACUUCUUCACGCAGAACACUCUCUCAACUCGUCCAUUCCCGCGCCUUUCUCCCCUUCUCCUUGGUUCUGACCUCCCUCCAUGCGCGUUUGUACGCCAUCACCUUGGCCCUUCAACAAGAUCUCGCUCACGCAGCGCGCAUCGUCGCCAAGUUGAUUCGCUCCGUCGAGUCGAGCGAGGUGAGUUCGAGAGGCGGAUUGAGUACCAAAUGCUUUGUUCGUAUAGACUAAACGUCGCCGCCUGUUCUUUUCAGGAUCUUGUUGAAAAAGCUCGACGAUAUUACCGAGACUUGCAGCUCGAGCUACGCGCGUUCGUACCCAAUCUGGAUUCGACCGACCUGGCUUUGGCAUCUAUAACGACCUCGAGAUUGAACAGUGAACAAGUUUCGACAGACCUCACGCCAAUCGUGAUCUCGGAUAAUGGACCGGAAGGUGGGAUCGGAGACGAUAUAGGCACCGUCAUCAGUAGGGAGGAGUUGAUGCGUCUGGCUCGAGGGAAGAUUGCCACUGUCGAGGUGGUUGACGAUUCGAACAAGGAGACUAUUAGGGGGGUACCGGUUCCUGAGGAACAGACCUCAGCACCGGAGCAAGAAGACGUGGCAACGGUAUCCUUGCCUCCGCCCAUCGACGAAGUCUCGAAGAAGAAACGACGUCGAGAUCUCGCCACCGAAAACCUUUCCAAGCCGAAAAAGGUGAAGAAGAAGAAGAGCAAGAAGGAUCGGGACGAUCAAGAUGAGAUCGAUGAGAUCUUUGGGUAG